UCCUGCUCUCACUAACCAACCCCCCCCACCUCCCCUUUCUGACUGUGAUCCAGCCAGCAUAAAACUAUCACCCACAUAUCAGUGGCUCUAAUCACCCGCUCCCGCCUGCCUGAUAUCGUUCUACGGACCAAGAGAUAGGAGAUAGUGGACUAUCGCUGCGUCCUGCGCAAGGAUCCUGUUUUAUAAAUACAUAUCUACUCUCUCUCUGGUGACUCGCUUCUACAAGCAGGGGCAGGGAGCAAGCGCCGCAGCGGCCGAGGAGGAGGGCGGAGGGACAGCCUGUGAUGGAGGAGGCGAUGGACCAGCACCGCUGGCUGGCGCCCGUCAGCACCUCGGCCCCGCUGCUGAGCUCAGGGCCGGGGCCGGGGCAGGAGACGCUGCUGCCCUACAUGGACGAGAUGGCGCUGCCCAGCGGCGACAGCGAUGCCUUCUACAGCCCAGCCGAGAGCGAGGGGAGCAGUGGUGGCGGGGUGACACCCUACUAUACCAGCCCAGUCCACGGGCGCUCCGCGGGAGGCUACCGCCCCGCUGGCCGGCAGGUCUACAGCCCGCACUUACUGAACAGCCUAGCGUGGAUGGAGAGCGGGCAGGCAAUCGGCCACCCAUACCCCGGGCCCUGGCAGGCAAUGAGCCCCUACGGCAAGGGCACGCUGCCCCUGUACCAGGGCUCCCCGAGCCUGUCCUCGCCCCACCACAGCCAGCACCUCUACGGCUUCCCGGUCACCCAGCUGAAGGAGGUCUCCGCUGGCGAGCUCGCCCUCUCCCCGUCCGGCCGGGAUGGCAGGGAGAGCCCGAAACCGAAGGACGGCCUGAAGGUGGAGAGAGCCAACCCCAACCUGAUGUCGCUGGGCCAUGAGGCGCAGCUGGGGCUGCCGAGCACCCCGUACACUACCUCCUCCCCGGUCUACAACGGCGCCCUGUAUCACUCGGCUGGAGGAUACCUCACUGAGGGAUGCCUGUCUCCGCAGAAACAGAAGAUACCCCUCUGUCUGACCGAGGCGCGGGAGUGCGUGAACUGCGGGGCGACCGCCACACCGCUGUGGCGCCGCGAUGGCACUGGACACUACCUGUGCAACGCCUGCGGGCUCUACCACAAGAUGAACGGCCAGAACCGCCCCCUCAUCCGGCCCAAGAAGCGACUGAUUGUGAGCAAGCGGGCCGGGACACAGUGCGCCAACUGCCACACCAGCACCACCACCCUGUGGAGACGCAACAUCAGCGGAGAACCCGUCUGCAAUGCCUGCGGGCUGUACUACAAGCUGCACAAUGUGAACCGCCCUUUGGCCAUGAAGAAGGAUGGAAUUCAGACCCGGAACAGGAAGGUCUCCAACAAGACAAAGAAGGGCCGGAAGACGGCCGAGGCGUUCGUCGAGGAGCCCCGCACCCUGGCCCUGGGUUCCCCAGCCUUCGCCAUGCCCUACAGCCACUCCUCCCACCUCGUCUCCCCCUCAGCCUUACACUCUCAGUCCGGCCUCACCUACACCACCAGCAAUCCCACCAGCAUGGUGUCUGCUCUCAGUUAAGGGCCCCCUCCACUCCCCUGUUGUCAACCCCGCCUCCCCCCAGCUCCAGCUGGCUCUCCCUACUUCCCAGAUCCCUGUACAUACACCCCCACCUUCUCCCUCCUCCUGCUCUUAACGCCAUCCCUCUACCGUAGGAUAGGAGCAGAAUUUGGCCAUUCGGCGCAUCAAGUCUGCUCCGCCAUUCCAUCAUGGCUGAUUUAUUUUCCCUGUCAACCCCAUUCUUCUGCCUUCUCCCUGUAACAUUCAAUCCCCUAACUAAUCAAGAACCCAUCAACCUCCGCUUUAAAUAUACCCAAUGACUUGGCCUUCACGGCUGUCUGCGGCAACGAAUUCCACAGAUUCACCCUCUCUGGCUGAAUAAAUUCCUCCUCAUCUCUGUUGUAAGUGGACGUUCCUCUAUUCUAAGCCUGUGCCCUCUGAUCCUAGACUCCCCCACUGCAGGACACAUUUCCACAUCCACUCUGUCUAGGCCUUUCAAUAUCUGACAGGUUUCAAUGCGAUCACUCCUGAUUGUUCUAAACUCUGUUGAGUACCCAGAGCUUCAUACGUUGACGCUUGAUGAGACUCCCCCUGAUGAGAUGGCAGCCCUAAUCUUCCCCCACCCCCGGGAGACUGUCAUAGAGCGUACGGGAGAAGGGUGUCCCUCGUUUCUCCGCUGCCCUCCCACAACCCUGCAGAGAAGAGGCACCCACCUCACGGAACGAGCACCAGGGUUCCUGGCCUCAAAGUUCCCUCGGGGUCCAGAGCCCUGUCUUGCCUUGGGACGUGGAGGCGGUUGUGUGGGGAAGGGGAGACACGCACGGUUGUAGUUGGCUCCUCCCCGUCCUGAUCUCUGGAAUGACCACCGCCGACCCUCCUCCUUCCUUCCACACUCGCCUCCUCCUUUACCACAGCCGUCAGCCCUCAGUUCCUCAGACUCCCCCUCUGUUUGCCCCAUUGAUCUCAGAGCGAUCCACACACCCAACAAUUCCCGUCACUCCUUCCCCACCCAUGGCUCCCGUUGAACACCGAUCCACUCCCCCCCCCCCGCCCAGCUACUCAUUCCAGCAGACAUCUUCUCCCUACUUCCCCCUUCGGAAUCUCCUGCCCAUCCCUCUCGAUCCUUGUGGGACUCACUUUCUCCCUCUGGCACCAACUCCUAUUACUUCCUGGUCUUCGGUAAUUAAGAUCCACCUCCCCGAGAGCCCCCACCCUCGGUACAUCUCUCCUGCACCCCCUCUCCAAAAACCUUCCCAUCUCACCAGGGGUCCGGUGUCUGGAAUUGGACCCACCAGCGUCCCAGUGCCUGCCAGCCCUGAGGGGUCUCUGAUCGAGCUCCCCCGCCUUACCCCUCCCCGUCCUCGGCUGAGCAUCUUCCUGAGUGUUCGGGAUCGAUCAGCCUCUGCGGCAGCCUGUCUAAAGCUCAAAAGUACAUUUUAUUUUUCAAAGUACAAAUAUAUCUCCACGUACAACCCUGAGAUUCAUUUUCCUGUGGGCAGACUCAGCAAAUCUAUAGAAUCGUAACUGUAAACAGGAUCAAUGAAAAAUCAACCAGAAUGCAGAAGACAACAAACUGUGCAGAUAUAAAUCAAUAGCAAUAAAUAAUGAGAAUAUGGAAUAAAGAGGCCUUAAAGUGAGAUUAUUGGUUGUGGGAACAUCUCAAUGGAGGGGCAAGUGAGUGUAGUUAACGCUCACUUUGGACAAGAGCCUGAUGGCUGAGGGGCGGUAACUGUUCUUGGACCUGGUGGUGAGAGUCCCGGGGCUCCUGUACCUUCUGCCCGACGGCAGCAGCGAGACGAGAGCAUGGCCUGGGUGGUGGGGAUCCCUGAUGAUGGAUGCUGCUUUCCUACGGCUGCGUUCCAUGUUCAGAGGUUCAGAGGGCCGAAUCCAUUGCCUUUUGUAGAAUUUUCCAUUCAAAGGUGCAGUUGUUUCCAUACCAGGCUGUGAUACAACCAGUCAAUACACUCUGCACCACACUUCUGUAGAAAUCUGUCUAAGUUUUUGAUGUCGUGCUGAAUUAAAGGAAUCAGAGCU